AUGCAGCUCAAGCCUUGGGGUGUGGUUCUAGGCGAUUACUAUCAGCAAAUGUGUGCCGAAGGGAAGCCUUUUAAGGUGCUAGAGGGUCUUUGGACCUCUAUGGUGUUAGUGCAGGAUUUGACAGCCAUUAAGGAUAUAAUGAUAACACAGUUUGAAAAUUUUCCCGACAGAGGAUUCUAUGUAAAUCAUAAGGAUGCUCUAAGUCUUAAUUUGGUGAGACUGGAUUAUAAGCUGUGGAAGCCACUGCGUCAAAAGCUUUCACCAAGUUUUUCACCAGCCAAAUUGCGCAGCAUGUUUCCCACAUUGUCGAAAGUGGGUGAACAACUGGUAACAGUUUUGAGAGAAGAAUGUGGAGUGCAUGGGAAAAGCAUAGAAAUUUACGAUCUAUGUUCCCGCUUUACCACCGAUAUCAUUGGCAAUGUGGCCUUUGGCAUGGAGUGCAAUAGUCUAAGCGAACCCAACACAGAGUUUCGCCAGCAAGGUGAUAGAGCCUUUUACAACCUACUCCACCCAUUUGUGGAUAUGUUUGGAGCCAAAUACCCACAGAUUUUGCGUUUGUUAAAUGUUAAAGCAUUUGGCAAGGAGAGUAAUGAAUUUUUUAAACGGGUAUUCAAAGAAAACUUGGAAUACAGAGAGAAAAAUAACAUUAGGCGCCAAGACUUUAUGGACUUGUUAAUCGAUUUAAAAAAUGAGCAUCACAAUAAUAAGGAGUUACCUAUGACUUUGGAGCUGUUAGUGGGUCAAACUUUUGCUUUCUUCAUUGGAGGUUUUGAGACCAGUUCAAGUACCAUGGCUUAUGCUCUAUAUGAAAUGGCAAAGAAUGGUAAUAAUCAGACCUUCACCUAUGAAUGUUUAAAGGGUAUGAGAUAUUUGAAGACAAUUAUUCAAGAGACUUUGCGUAAAUAUCCGGUGGCUCCUGCCAUACCUCGCGUUUGUCGUCGCACUUGCACUUUAAAAACAUCCCAACAUUCUUCUUUGACUUUGCAAGAAGGCACCACCGUCAUCAUUCCCAUUUAUGGCAUACAACACAAUUCCCAACUAUAUCCGGAACCAGAGAAAUUCGCACCAGAACGCUUUGCCAAUGAUGAAGAGAACGCCAAGCGUGAUCCCUGUUCGUUUUUGGCGUUUGGUGCAGGGCCAAAAAUUUGCAUUGGUGAGCAGUUUGGUAGAUUGCAAAUGACCUUGGGUCUUGCUAUAAUGUUAAGCGAAUUUAAAUUUUCUGUUUGCUCCAAUACACCCGAGGAGCUGCACUUUGAUCCUAAAAAUAUGUUUGUACUAGCAAUGAAGAAUGGCAUUGUCUUGAAGAUUGAAAAGUAUGAAUAA